UUAAACCGUCGUCUCUAUUGUAUCUUUAUUGCAGGGAUUGCAACUCGGCUUCAAUCUCAUCUCAUCAGCCGUUUUCACACUUCGGCAGUACUGAGUUUGUAUAUAGCACGCCGCUGAUAGUUCAACUGGGCAAUAUCGAAGUCCGAAAACACUUCGCAAGUAUGGGACUCAAGCACCUUCUGGCAAUGGGCCUGCCCAUCAUGCCCGCGGCCGCAGAGACCGUCCUCGGCAUCUACGUCUUCCACCGUCACGGUGACCGCACGGCAAAGAAGACGCCCCCCGUCCGCUUCACGGACCUCGGCGCCUACGAGGUCUACACCUCCGGCCUGGAAUAUGGCCGGCUCUACGUCCGCGACAACGCCACCCACCAGAUCCGCAACAUGAGCACCGACGACGUCCUCCCGGAACAGCUCUCCGUCACCUCCCCCAUCGACGUCGUCCUCCAGUCCUCGGCCAACGCCUUCCUCCAGGGCUUCUACCCGCCCUCCGGCACCAUCGAGGCCCUCGCCAACGGCUCCAGCGUCGAGGCGCCCCUCGGCGGAUACCAGUACAUCCCCGUCAACGCCGUCUCCACGGCCUCCACUAGCACGAACGCCGAGAGCAGCGAGUGGCUCCAGGGCGGCAGCGGCUGCGGCAAGGCCGUCGUCAGCUCAAACAACUACUUCUCCUCGCCCGAGUACGCCGCCGUCGACACCGAGUCCCGCGGUUUCUACCAGAACCUGCUGCCCGUCAUCAACGGCACCUUCGGCGCAAAGGCCGCCACGUUCGAGAACGCCUACGCCAUCUUCGACCUCAUCAACGUCGCCCGCAUCCACAACGACAGCAUCCCCUCAGACUCCCUCCUCACCAACGCCACCGUUCGCUCGCUGACCGACUACGCCAACAUCCACGAGUGGAACCUCGCCUACAACGAGAGCGACCCCAUCCGCGCCAUCGCCGGCAAGGUGCUGGCCGGCCAGAUCCUCCUGGCCCUUAACGCGACGCUCAAGGACGCCGCCAAAUCUUCCUCCGUUAAGGCCAACAUCCAGUUCGGCGCCUACGCCAGCUUCUCCUCCUUCUUCGGCCUCGCCCAGCUGCAAAAGGUCUCGGCCGACUUCCAGACCGUAGUGGACUACGCCUCCUCCAUGGUCUUCGAGCUCGUCACGAACGCCACCUCCGCCAGCCCCGCCGCCGACGACGUCGCCGUCCGCUUCCGCUUCGCCAACGGCUCCGCGGGAAUCAACAAUCUCACAGUCUACCCCCUCUUUGGCCAAUCCGAGACCGUGCUGCCCUGGAACACUUUCGUCACCGAGAUGCAAAAGUUCGCCGUCGAGGAUACCAAGACCUGGUGCACCGCCUGCGGCAACUCGACCGGCACGUGCGCCACGGCCCUGGGUCUGGACGGCAGCACCGACGCCAACGGAUCCGGCUCGAGCGGCAGCAAGGGAGGCAUCUCGACCCCCGUGGCGGGCGUCAUUGGCGCGCUGGUGACACUGGUUGUUAUCCUGGGCUUCCUCGGCCUCGUUAUGCUCAUCGGUGGCCUGCGUCUGGUCAAGAAGUCCAAGAUUGCAAAGGAUGUCCCUGCUGCUUCUACUGCGGAGCAGACUGGUGGUGCCAAGCACUAAGCACGUAGUAUAAGAAAUGAUUAUGGGCGUGUAAGUGUUCACGAUGGAUAAGUGGUCGAUAAUGAAGUCACGAUGAAUGCGUCGUGACGUAGUAGUCCCUAGAGGACAUGAGCUAGCAAUGAGAUAUUGAUACCACCCUUUUACUCAAGAGACUGCCCUCAAUCCCUGCACUGUGAUGGAUAUGCCCUGCAUACUGGCGGCGACCCGAGGAAGUGGUCUCGUACCACAAUAUUGAUAGUGUACAAAACCUCCCCUUCGCCCAUGACCUCGUCGCUAUGCUCGCC